UUAGCAUUGUGCCAGACAAGCCUAGAGACUGGCAUGGACAUGUUUGUGUAGAAAUAUAGUAGAAUUAAUUUUAACUUAGAUUAUCUACUCUAGAUUUGGAAUUGGGAUUCUGAUUAUGAAAGCUUAUCUAUGGCAACUUAAACCCUAAAAAGAUUUAGUCAUCUACAUUUAAUUUACUACAUGAACUUUGACUUCCAUACUAAAUAAAGAGAUGGUGCUUCAAGAUUGUUUUCCUGGCUCAUACACAAGAAGUUCUUUACAAGUAGUGGAGUGCUUGCAGGUUCUUCUCCUCUUUGUGUUUUGCUGUCCACUAAAUGUACAUUGGUGGAAACUGCUGUCACUAAAAACACCUUACCUGUUGCACCCAAAGUAUAAUGCUUUUUGAGGUUGCUGCUCCCAUCAAUCUGCUCAGUAAAAAUAGCUCAUCUUGUAAUGGAGGAGAAAGUUCGAGUCGCAGCGCAGAGAAACGGGCAGCUAAUGAAGAAGCUGAAGACUUCACCACAAAACCUGCUCCUGCCAAAAUGUCCAAGUUUGGAUUUUCCAUAGGCAGUCAGACAGCAAAGAAGGCAUCUGCAAUAUCCAUCAAACUAGGAGCAAAUAAGCCUAAAGAGCCUGUUCCAACCCUUGCUCCAAAAACCCUUUCUGUAGCAGCAGCUUUCAAUGAAGAUGAAGAUAGUGAACCGGAAGAAAUGCCUCCAGAAGCCAAGAUGCGCAUGAAGAACAUUGGAAGGGAUACACCAACCUCAGCAGGACCAAAUUCCUUCAAUAAAGGAAAGCAUGGUUUUUCUGACAACCAGAAGCUAUGGGAACGAAAUAUAAAAUCUCAUCUUGGAAAUGUCCAUGACCAAGAAAAUAACUAAAUGAUGCGGAUUGAGAGCUGGGUGUUUGGGGGGAGGGGAGGGUGUAACGUUAAAGGAACAGUUUCCUUUUUUAAGAAUGGUAUAAGACUAUCUUUGGAGCCACUUUUUUAAGAUUUUGAGUGGUACACUAAUAACUGAGUUUGAAAUUAGAGGUAAUUUAUGUUUUGUAUACAGAUUUCAAGGCAUUUGCUAAUUUUGUAGUUCCAUGUGAUUAGUUUCAAAAGGUUACAGAUAAUAAAGAAAUUGGAGUGGUACCUUUUUAAGAUUUUUUUUUUUUUUUUUGUCAGUGAUUGAUUAAGGUGGAUGAAAAAGGUUACUGUCUCUUUAAUCAGGUAAACAUUGAAUGCUCUGGCAUUCUCACUUCUGGCUCCCUCUUUGUAACAGGAGAAACAGUUGACUCCUAGGAAUACCGCUAAAGAAAGUGAGCAUUGUCUUGUACUAGAAGUGUUACUGGACUAUUAAUUUGAAUAUAAACUUAUGCAGGAAAUAAUAAGAAUCUGGAUUUUUUUCUCCCUGCAGUCACCUUUUGUUAAGUCUCUGCAAACUAGGAAUUAUGUUGCUCUGAGUGGCUCUGAUAACUUAGCUCUAAUUUUGUUUAAAACUUCAUGUAGGAUGUGUAACCUUCUGUGGCCUAUUUCAUCCUAAGGAAAUGGGCCUUGUCUGUAUAUUAGAUACAGUCUGUAAAGAAUAUUCACUACAAAGGUAAAUGAGUAUUUUCAGUGUGCUCUUCUUAAAUCAUUAGCCUUGUGUAGUGCUUGUUAGCGUCUCCUUGUGGUACACAAAAGCCACCACCAAAAAGACAAGCUAAUGUACGUUAAGCUUCACGUUUGGUUGAAAUAUUUUUCUUUACUAUGCCUAGAAGGAAUAAAAGCCACACCAAAAAUCGGUAACUCACUGCUUAAGGAUGAAAAAAAUCUAAGAUGCACUUUCCCUGCCUUGCUAUUUAAAACAAAAUGCCUUCAUGCCUGUGACCUCAGUGGACACUAUCAGGUUAAAGAAUACUGUAUUUGCAGUCCUAAUGCUUCUAACAAGUGUCAACUUCAGAAAUAAAACUCCACCUUUUCCUACUGGUCUGCCUUUUGCAGUAAUUGUCAACAAUGACAUUAGUCUGGUCAGUUUAAUUUCCUAGCUUUCAUACUGUGGAACAGCGCUGUAGGAUUUCAGACCAAGUAAGGACUGUCUAAAUUUCAGUCUAAUUCAGAUUGCCUAUUUUAAAAACAUUUUACUAGCAGAACUGGUUAAACAAAAAGUUAUUAACAGCAUACCACCCCCCGCAACAAACAUCAGGUUCUUUUUAUACUUAAAUACCUGAUACUGUCAACCACUAAAUUAAUUUCAGCCUGGAACUGGUUUUAAAUUCAAUAUGUUAAUUGCUUUCAUCCUGCCUCUAAAACCUUUUUUCAUGCUAAAGUUGAACCUGCAAGUGCAGAAAGGAAAGUGCAUCUUGAAGUGGUUUUGUUUUGGUUUUUUUUUUAUUUUAGGAAAGCUCUGACCACUUAGUCUUUUGAGUUUGUAAGUUCUAAAAAAUAUUUUUUUUGUAUUUUUGUAUUGUAUGUGUAAUCUUUUUUCUUUUGAAGUCUGAUGCAGUUGAAUACCUGUAACUAUUUUCUUUAAAAGCCUUGUUAUAAACGUCACAUAAAAACGUAUACAUUAUUUUUUUUUUCCAUAGCAGAAAUCUUUGGUUUAUUUAAAACAAAACACAGCACACUUUCAAAACUGACUUUCAGGACUUCCAAAACUGAUUUGGGCAUUACUGGAACAAGGCAAGGCAAAAUGAAGAAUUUACUUUUCAAUUAUUUUUAUCAGAUGUGGUUAUGUUUGUUGAAAUAAAUCCCUUAAAGGUAGUGGUAACUCACAGUGAAUAACUAUUUUAUCUUGCUCCGUAGUAGUUACUUGAUGCUGUCUCAGUCACUUGUAUUAGUAAAAAGCAAAAGGGAACUUUGAGUAAGAAUAAGAGGAUGCCUUUGAGACCUACUCUUUUUUAAUUAACCUGCCACCAACAAUGUCUUCCACAUCUUUGGCUGAAGUAGACAUUCAUUUCAACGGAAUUUCCUGGUACUUCAGAAUCCUUUAGGAAGUUGCUAGGCAGAACAGCAGACA